UUUUCUUUGUCCCCGAAGAAGAAUUAGCGCGCGUCGGUGGCGCGGAGAUCAAUCAUGGUGAUGCUUCCGGGGUACAAGUUCACGCCCAGCGAGGAGUUUCUGGUGGGCGACUUGCUGAGAAAGAGGCUGCGCGGGGAGCCGCUCGAGGGUGCUGCGGCAAGGUGCAUUUGGGAGGCUGACGUCUACGGCGACGAGCCAGAGCGACUCACCAGUCUGUCCACUCCAGCAAAUCGUGAUCCCUGCGAGUGGUUCUUCUUCAGCUGGUGCAAACGGAUCAAGGCCAAGAAAGCCCACCGCGGAGGCCGAGCUGAUCAAGAAGGGCGGCAGGGCAAGAACAGAAGGAAGGAGAGAACGGUGCGCAGGGAUGGACGCGUAGAGAUUGGGCAGUGGAGGUCCACCCAGGCCGUCAAAAAAGUGAUCCACAUUGACGACUUGGGCCGCGCCGUCGUGAUUGGAUACCACCAGAAUUUCGAGUAUCGUGACAGCAAGAAGCAGAAGUCCGAAUGGCUCAUGGAGGAGUACGGCGUCCUCCCGCCCUUGGAGGACGCAAGCGGCGAGGACAAGGAGCUGGUUAUCUGUAAAAUCUACAAGACGCCUGCCGCCAGACGUGCCGAGGCAAAACGAUCAGCUGGAUCAUCGCCGGCUUCCCCAAUUCCUUCGCCCGUAUUGCCGUCUCAGCAUACAUUGCUGCUGCCACCGCCGCCGCAGCAGCAACAUCCAGCUCGGACCGAAUUACUACAGCCGCCACCUUUCAGGCCUUCACUGCCGGCAGUUGUGCCCCCGAAUUGGCCCAAUCCGUGGCGGUCGAGGGCGCUGUUGCAACCAUCCUGGCCCGAACAGGUGUUGCAGCCUCCUUUCUCGUCGGAACCAUUAGUGCUCCCUUAUCAGCAUGAUCCGCUGCCGCCACCCCUGCUGCCGUGGCACCAGCCCGAAGAGUUGCCUCCGCUUCAUCCGCAGCAGGACAUGCCGCAAUACAACAUCGCAAUGGCGGAAGACGCCUUGUCUGAUGCAUCCUUUGCCCCUGAUGAUUACCAAUUUGCGUCCGAUGGGCAUCGUGGAAUGAUUGAUGCCUCUGCCGAAACUCUGCAGCCUCCGCCGCCACCAGCAGUAGUAGUUAAUCCGCAGCAUCAUGCUGUCUCAGCUGCACAUGUCGGUGAUGAUCGCACACCUGCUGACUCACAGAGCUCCCAAUGUACUACUACUGCAAAGAUAUCCGAACAUCACGCGGAUAAUGGCGGCGUCCUCCCCCUGCCGGACGAACAACAACAACAACAACAACAACAACAACAACCACCACCGCUGCACGCCGAGUUGAAUGCUACUGCAAGGACACGUCCGAUCGAUCUACAGCUUCUAGAGAGAUCGGCGAAGAGGAGGAACAUUCUUGGGAGCCACAAUUCUCUCUUCGUAUCAAGCUCUCCGCGCCGUCCAACCGUUCGCAGAGCACCGACGAGCGCUCGAUGA